CUUGGCCUCCGUGUGGUCUGUGGACCGGACUGGAAGUACGGGGGGGGCAAUACUUGAGAAGGAUUAGUUGGUACAGUGGUAGAAAUUGGCGGUAGGUGUGGAUCUGUGGCUCCUGCGAAGUCAGUCGGAGUUGUCUGGGAUACAGGCGUGAAGUCAUACUACAGAUCUGGUGAUGGCAACGCCUACGACAUGCACGUAUUUGACAAUAUUCAAUGUGGUGAGUUCACAUAUCGUAUAAAAAGACCUCACUUUGCUUUGCACUAUAUUUGAAAGCAAGAAUUUGUUGUUGAGGUGAUUUUUAAUAUAAGGUUUGUAAUUUUUUUAAAGAUUAAAUUCGCCUAAUUUUUUCAGUUUAUUGUAUAACAACAAGACUAACUAAUUCAAAAUCUUUUAAAAGUAUUUAAGUCUCCCCAUCUUAAAGUCAAAGUAAAUUCCAUUUGAGACAGUUAAAGCCCUGAAAAUACAAAAUCGAUCACACAUAUCUUGUUAUAGAUGUCCUUAAAAUAAAAAAUGAAAUAAUAACUUACUUAGAUGUAUUGACAUAUAGUGAAAAAUCUAAAAACGAAUGAGCCCUUAUAAUAAAGAAGAAGAAGAAGAAGAAAUGUAGUCUUUAUUUCUCAGUUAGACGUACAACCUCAGAGACAGAAAUAUAAACAAUUUUUUUUUUAUUGUGAAGUUCAAUAUAAAUUAAAAUAAUCGUGAAAGUACAAUAUAUUAAAAAUUUAAAUAACUACAAAUAGGUGCGUUCCACCUACCCAGCUGCAACGAUUGCGAAGGAGGAAUUACUGGCUUUAUAUGGAGAUGUACGUUGUGUUUCGGCCUUUCACUGUGUACCUCGUGUUACAUGUCUGACUUGCACGGAACUUCACACCCUUUCAUUAGAUAUGAAACACACUUAUACAAUGGGUAA